UAUUUAGCCUGAUACGUAGCAGCAUUUCCAGCGAAGAGAAUUUCUCGAAUAGGGCCUCAGUUCCCCGCAGAAUCUUUGCGGAGAAGACGUAGCAAUGGCUCUCUUGCUAGUUUUAAUUUCGGUGGCUAUCGCUGUGACGAUUGUUGUGUACCAAAAAUUUGCCAAUCUAGUUCAAUAUGGGUCAAAAAUUGCCGGUCCUAAGGCGUAUCCAGUGGUGGGCAACGCGAUACGAUUUUUGAGUCUAACGCCAGCAGGAUUCCUGGAGGAACUUCACGCGCUCAGCAAGGAGUGGGGGAAGUGCUUCCGGAUCUGGUUGGGAGUUGAUUUGUUGAUUUUCCUGAUGGAUGCGAGAAAGGUGGAGACGAUUUUGAGCAGUCAGAAGUUUUUGGACAAGUCGAUCGAGUACGACUUCAUUCGGCCGUGGCUGGGGGACGGACUGCUUACGAGUAGCGGCCGGAAGUGGCACUCCAGGCGGAAGAUCAUUACUCCGACGUUUCACUUUAAGAUUCUGGAGGAGUUUGUAGAGAUUUUUGACCAGCAAAGUACGGUGUUUGUGGAUCAGAUUAAGCCGAUGGCCGCCAGUGGAGAGCCGUUCGAUGUGUAUCCUCGGGUGACUCUUAUGGCGCUGGAUGUGAUCUGUGAAUCCGCUAUGGGAACGAAGGUCAACGCGCAGCUCAACGCCGAUUCGGAUUACGUCAGGGCAGUUAAAGCAAUGACAAACAUAGUGAUUGUGCGAGCAUUUCAAAUAUUGGCGAGACUCGAUUUCACCUUCAAAUACACGCCGUAUGCCAAGAUUCAGAAACAGGCACUAGCAGUUCUUCACGGAUACACCGACAAUGUGAUCCAAAGUCGUCGAAAGGAGCUAUCGAAAACUAAUAGCCAGAAAGACUUUUCUGAGAACGACGUUGGCCAACGGAAGAAGGUCGCCUUUUUGGACAUGUUGCUACAGGCCACCACCGAUGGUCAACCUCUAACCGACCUGGAGAUUCGUGAGGAGGUCGAUACGUUCAUGUUUGAGGGACACGAUACGACCACGUCCGCCAUGAGCUUCUUGCUGGGAAAACUGGCGAAACAUCCGGAAGUUCAGAAUAAAGUGUACGACGAGGUGCGCAACGUGUUUGGAGACGAUCCGAGCAAACCGGCAACACUGGCCAUGUUGAACGAGCUCAACUACCUGGACCUGGUGAUCAAGGAAACGCUUCGUCUGUACCCGUCGGUUCCGAUGUUUGGCCGGAAGAUGAUGGAGAAUCAUGAUAUCGAUGGAACGAUCUUCCCGGCCGGUUCGAACGUAAUCAUCAUGCCGUACAUCAUGGGUCGUGAUCCGGACUACUUUGAGGAUCCGCUGGAGUUCCGGCCGGAGCGUUUUGCGGUGGAAACCUCCGCCGAGAAGAGCAACCCUUAUCGAUACGUUCCGUUCAGCGCUGGGCCGAGGAACUGCAUCGGACAAAAGUUCGCCGUGGCCGAGAUCAAGAGCCUGUUCAGCAAGACGCUGCGUCAUUACGAAAUUCUUCCGGAUUUUUGUGAGGAACCGGAAAAGCUUUAUUCAGAGGCGACUUUGAAGAAUGAGAAAGGAGUCAUGUUAAGAUUGAAAAAGCGUUCGUCAGCAUACCCGGUCGUGGGCAAUGCAGCUAGAUUUUUCAGCAUGACGCCAGCUGUCUUCUUUUUUCCACAGACGGUUUUGGGCAGCCAAAAGUACCUGGACAAGUCGACCGAGUAUGACUUCAUUCGCCCCUGGCUGGGCGACGGACUCCUCACGAGCAGUGGCCGGAAGUGGCACUCGCGGCGGAAGAUCAUUACACCGACGUUUCACUUUAAGAUCCUGGAGCAGUUUGUGGAAAUCUUUGACCAGCAAAGUACGGUGUUUGUGGACCAGCUGAAGCCGAUGGCCGCCAGUGGAGAACCGUUCGAUGUGUAUCCUCGGGUGACCCUUUGCGCCCUGGAUGUGAUCUGUGAGUCCGCCAUGGGAACGAAGGUCAAUGCACAGCUCAACGCAGAUUCGGAAUACGUCAGGGCAGUUAAAGCAAUGUCCAACGUUGCAUUUCAACGAACCUACAAAAUACUUGCAAGACUUGAACUAACCUUCAAGUACACAUCUUACGCUCAGAUUCAAGAAAAGGCACUAGCAGUUCUUCACGGAUACACCGACAGUGUGGUCAAAAAUCGUAGAAAGGAGCUUACGAAAAGUAAUGGCGAUCACAAUCAAAAUGACGUCAACGACGUCGGCCAACGGAAGAAGGUCGCCUUUUUGGACAUGUUGCUGCAGGCCACCACCACUGAUGGUAAACCUCUAACCGACCUGGAGAUUCGCGAGGAAGUCGAUACGUUCAUGUUCGAGGGACACGACACGACCACGUCCGCCAUGAGUUUCUUGCUUGGAGUGCUGGCGAAACAUCCGGAAGUUCAGAAGAAAGCGUACGACGAGGUGCGCAACGUGUUUGGAGACGACCCGAGCAAACCGGCAACACUGGCCAUGUUGAACGAGCUCAACUACCUGGAUAUGGUUAUCAAGGAAACGCUUCGGCUGUACCCGUCGGUUCCGAUCUUUGGCCGAAAAAUGCUGGAGAAUCACGACAUCGAUGGAACGAUCUUCCCGGCCGGAUCGAACGUGAUCAUCAUGCCAUACAUCAUGGGUCGUGACCCGGACUACUUUGAUGACCCGCUCGAGUUCCGACCGGAGCGUUUCGCGGUGGAAACCUCCGCUGAGAAGAGCAACCCCUAUCGGUACGUUCCGUUCAGCGCUGGGCCGAGGAACUGCAUCGGACAGAAGUUCGCCGUGGCCGAGAUCAAGAGCCUGGUCAGCAAGACGCUGCGUCAUUACGAGAUUCUUCCGGAUACGUUGGCUCCGCCGGAAAAGUUGCUGGUGGAGUUGAUUUUACGAGCUGAGAAUGGAGUUACGUUGCGGUUGAAGAAACGAAAUUGAUAUUUUUUUCGAAUAAAUAUGGUUUAGAAAACCGCACUCAGACUGUA